AUUAUACUUAUGUAUGAUUAACUUCGGUGUAAAUGUAUGAUAUUAUGACUUAUUAUAUAAAUUAUAUUAAUUAUUAUUAUAUAAAUUAUACUUAUGCAUGAUUAACUUCGGUGUAAAUGUAUGAUAUUAUGACUUAUUAUACAAAUUAUAUUAAUUAUUAUUAUAUAAAUUAUACUUAUGCAUGAUUAACUUCGGUGUAAAUGUAUGAUAUUAUUGUGUAACUCAUUAUUACACACAAAGAACCAAUAGCCUGUUUUCUAAAUCAAACUCUAACUUUCGGACUCACAGUGUAAAUAAAAUAUACAAACGUAAGAAUAUCAUUACCAUUCUUGUGUCGCUUGCUUGUAAUAUCGUUAUCGUAUUUACUGUGUAUACUAAACUUUGUAUAAAUAAAUAUCAGGUACUUCAGUUAUAUACAACUCGGUAGUUUGUUGUGUGUAGAAUCGUGCAGUGUGAUCAAUUUAGUUUGAUCAGAUACUGCUUUAGGUAUCUUGCGUGAAUAUCCGUACAGAUAAUGGAUUAGUCAGUCUUCCCCUAUUGUAAUGAUGAUUGUACAACUUUUUUUAACGUAGAGGUUAUUUUUUAAACAUUUUACAGAGCUUAUGAGUAGUUAUUAUUUAUCAAUAAUGAGGUAAAUCGUUACUAAAAAGCUUAAAACUAUUUGUUCAGAAUGCACUUGAUGCUUUUUUUUGCACAUAAUAGUAACUAAUAAAGAGUUAUAUAAAAUGCAUUACGAUAUAACACAUUUUUUAUAAAAGUUUUACGUCAUUAUUCCUUUAUAUGGUAGAUAACAUUAUUUGUCUAGAGUUUCACAUAUUUAAUACAUAUGUCGCUGUGAUAAAAUAUGAAAUAGAACGUACAUUGUCCCUGUUAUUUAAAUGUAUACAUGUUUAUAAACAAGUUAACUUACCAAAGUGGUUAUAAUAGCAACGUGUCUGAACAAUUUAGUAAAUAAAUAUAAUACGCAUAUUCAAGGAGGUUUAAUAUUUUUCAUCCUUCCAUGUUAAAUAUACAACAGUUACAAAAUUUGUAAGAAAGAAAAAUCGUCGCGAUGAGUAUAUUCAUUUACUAUUCAGUAGGAAUCUAGGAACAGCCUGUAUUUGCGUAAAAAUAUUCCGAGAUUAACCAAAUAGUAUAUUUGAAACUCGGAGAAGUUUGUGCACAACGACAAUCGUGGAGCGCUAUUGGGCGUGCUCUAGGGUUGAAAGCGUAACUUUCACUUUUGCCACAAGCGGUGCUUAUCUUCAUUUAAUCUUCUAAGGUAUGAUGACCCUUUUAAGUGAGGUGUAUUCCAAUAGUGGAGGUGGCGGAAAUAGAAACAAUAGUUACCGAAAGUGAAUCACUCCCGGGCAGAACUUCGGUGAACUCGAGCGUGGAACAUCCCCAUUACACAAGUCUAUUGUUGAGCCAGUGAAUGCAGCUGUAGACUGAUCGGAAUCGAAUGUCACUCACUCCGGAAGUCACUAUCUCGGUUCUCGUCAGUUUAGUUCCAACUCGGCCACUGUGCUGUGAUGACGACCUUAGCUUGUCUGCUGUUCUGUGCCUUGGGGGCCGCCCUGGGAUACAACCUGGAGCCCCGGCAUGCUGUCCUAAUUGACGACCCCAAAUCUGACAACGAGAGCUACUUCGGCUACACACUCAACUUCUGGCAGCGCUCAGCGUCUGGUACUAACACAACAUGGUUACUGGUGGGAGCUCCGCGAGCUAAAGUGGACCGGCUGCGAGGCGAACGAGUGCGUGAACCUGGUGGGGUGUACAAAUGCAGUGUAGACACCGCACAAUGCACACCGAUCCUUAUAUUGGGUUAUGAUUAUGAAAUGGAGCAGGACUUAACAUGGAGGGGGAGAGUUAAAAAUAUUCCUGCACGGUCUUGGCUUGGAGCUACAAUUGCAGUAGAAGACAAGUUGGAUGGAGGGGUGGCGGUUUGUGCUCCCAGAAUGAAACUCGAGGUCAAAAGGGGGAGACUCAUCCCAGGGUUGUGUUACUACUUGAAAGAUGAACAUGAUAAAUUUCCUCUCGCAAGCUUAUCUUCAAUUCCCUUUAAAGAAAACAUACAUAAAAACGGCUUCAUAGCGGGACUUGCCCAAGUUGGUAUGUCAGCCCACUUCGUUGCGAAUUCAACAACCAGUCAGCUGGUGGUAGGUGCUCCUGGAAUUGACUAUUUCAAAGGUGGGAUGGCUGUCUACGAGAAAGAGCCGGAGGAUCCGCGGUGGCAGAUCGGCCGCGGCCUAUCUUCCUUACACAUCCCUAUAGCUAGACAAACCAAAUUUGACUAUUAUCUAGGGUACUCAGUGACGUCAGCGAGGUUCCACAGCAACGACAAGGUCAGCUACGUGGUCGGCGCACCCAGAGGGCGGGGAUUCGACUUGUUCAGUGGCGUGGUUUUUGUGUUUACGAAUCCCUACAAGACACAUUGGACUGAAGUGUCGACACUGAAUGGCAACCAAAUGGGCGAGUAUUACGGCGCUUGUGUGACUGCCAUUGAUGUAGACAAAGACGGGACGGACGAUGUGUUGGCAGUGGGAGCUCCUAUGUACAGUAUCAAGUCUACAAUAGAGGAUGACCUUGGAGGAGAUCAAGGUCGUGUUUACAUCUACAUCAAUAAAGGAGAGGCCGUGCUGGAACUAGCUGCGGGUACUGUCAUGGGAUCUGUAAUAACAGGUGCGCGCUUCGGUUCUUCUCUGGCCAGCAUCGGUGACAUCAACAGGGAUGGCUUUAACGAUCUAGCUGUGGGCGCACCAUACGAAGGAACAGGGGCUGUGUAUAUUUAUCACGGAAAGAGCGGCGGUCUCAAGACCCAAUAUUCUCAGAGGAUCUCAGGUUCCGACAUCAAUAAAGAUCUCCCUUUGUCGGGUCUGGGUAUCAGCAUAUCCUCUGGAAUUGACGUUGACGAUAACUCGUUCAACGACAUCGCCGUUGGAAGCCACCAAUCAGCCAACGCUGUCAUCAUCAAGAGCUACCCUGUUAUUGACUUUGAGGCCUAUCUGGAGUCGAACGUCAAGAAACUGGACACCAAUGCUGCCAACUUUACAGUCAAAGCUUGCCUGCGGUACACCACAGCAGCUCGCUCGGACCUACUUCCCUACGUCGGUGCUGAGUCAACGGUAAAGGUAGAUCAGAACCUUAGACGAGCAAAUUUCUCCGAUAGCAAAGCUCAGGGUAUCACACUAACACUACAGACUCGCCUGGAACGAGACAGCUUCCAUUGCUGGCCAUUGAUAAUAAACCUCAAGGAAAACAUAGGAUACGUGAUCCAACCAAUAGAAAUCUCCAUGGAAUACAAGAUAAAGGAUGACGCUACAGUUGACCGAGAGAAAACAUUCUGCAAGAUGUGUCCAGUGGUUGAUCCUCAUAAACCAACCUCGAUCCAAAAAAAAGUGCCGUUCGCGCACGGCUGCAAGGAGAAGGACGUGUGUUACGCAGACUUAAAAGUGGUGUUCAAGGCUUCCAACCAAGGAAAACCCUUGGUACUUGGAAGAGACUCAAAGCUUAUCGUAAACGUUACCGUUAUGAACGCAGGGGAGCCUGCGUACUUGACCAAGCUUGAGUUCACUCUACCGAGGAGGAAUAUGUUAGCGAAGCUGCCCAAACACUGCUACCAGACCGAGGCCGAUAUUACCACAAAGCCACAGGAGGAAGUGAUCCUGUGUAACUUGGGAAACCCGUUGAUCGCAGGAGGUGACACGUACAAUCUGGUUCCUACCGAGUUUGAAGUAGAUGUGACCUCGGUUCCUAUUCAUACCACGUCUUUAAAACUAAAUGCGACAGCAUGGAGCUCCAGUGAGGAGACGACACCGAGAGACAAUACUGCCAUUCUAGAUAUCCCGUUGAGACUGGUCAGUCGAGUAGACAUUACUGGGUAAGUUGUCACCAUUAAAAUGCAGUGGCUAUAGUGUUCUAUAGAUUCACUAGAAAAGACUGUAGUACUUGAAAGCUGAACUUGUAUCCCAUU